UUGUUGGACCUUUAACGCCUCGCCGUCGUUAAAUAUGCAUCUCAUGCAGCAUCUUCCUGGAACCCGCUCACUUGGAUCUGAUCUGCUGAAACACGCCACACUCUUCUUACCAUGGGCCUCCUCGAUCACUUGUGGGAUGACACCGUCGCCGGUCCUCGCCCGGAGAACGGCCUUGGCAAGCUCCGAAAGCACCACACCUUCGCUUUCCGAUCUGCCUCCGGCAAGGAAUCAGACAGCGGAAGCGUGAAAUCGUACGGUGAAGAUUUGCCGGAGGAUGCGGUGAGAGUGACGCGAAGUAUCAUGAUCGUGAAACCACCUGGUGGUAACCAGAGUCCGAGCGGAUCCGCUCCGGCUUCCCCCGCCGGUUCUACUCCUCCGGUGUCUCCUUUUUCGGGAGCUAGAGAGUCCUUCCGUUUUCGGAGAAGGUCGACAUCAGAUGCGUACGAGAAGACAGGCCAGAACAGACCAAGCUCUUCUUCUCCUUUCGAUGUGUGACAAAUGAGCCCGACCACUAUCUCCUCCAUAUAUGGAUGACUGAAAAUACAAAUAUAUAGUUUGUUUUCCUCUGGCCUUUGCUGAUGAUGCUGUGUCCAUUUUUGUUUAUCUUUUGUGCAUAUAGUAUAUAGUAUAUAGUAUAUAUAUGAAUAUGUUUACGAGUUCAUCAGUUGAGCGGUUUAAGUCCUGAGACGAUCGAGGUAGCUGUGUGUGUGGUUUAACAGCUCAGUCUUGUUUUACUGUUGAACUUGGUUAUGGUUCUCAAGCUGUAAAUAAGUAAUAACGUAGUGUACGUAGGUGUGUUUUGGUUAUGUGUACUUUGUAUAUAAAAGCCUUUCCAAGGUUUGUUCUUAGUGUUAAUUUGCUUUCAAGCUCUCAGCAUCC